UUUUGAAAUAUUUCUCAGUCGUUGUCGGGAAGCGCAAAAGUGUCACCGCACCACUAAAUCGAAGACGAAACCCUAGAGGGAGGAGAUUCUUAUCCCGAUGGCGGCGGACGAUCGGCGGAACGGCGAUUUGACGAAUCACAACCACCGCGACCCGAAGAAGCCGCGCCUCUCCGAGUUCCUAACCGAGUCAGACAUCCGCUCCGAGUUCGCCCACCACCAGACCGGCGUCGCCAGAGUCAACAACGGCAGCUUCGGUUGCUGUCCGAGCUCCGUCCUCGACGCGCAGCGCGAGUGGCAGCUUCGGUUUCUCCGCCAGCCGGACGAGUUCUACUUCAACGGCCUCCGCCGCGGACUGCUCGCGUCGCGAACCGUGAUCAGUAGCCUAAUCAACGCCGACGACGUCGACGAGGUGUCGCUGGUCGAUAACGCCACCACGGCGGCGGCGAUUGUGCUUCAGAGAGUUGGGAGGUGUUUCUCGGAAGGGAAGUAUCAGAAGGAGGACACUGUGGUGAUGUUUCACUGCGCGUUUCAGAGCGUGAAGAAGUCGAUUCAGGCUUACGUCACGCGCGUGGGGGGGUCCACCGUUGAGGUUAGGUUGCCUUUCCCUGUGAGUUCGAACGAUGAGAUCGUCUCCGCGUUUAGAGAAGGGUUAAAGAAAGGUAGAGCGAACGGUAGAGCGGUUAGGUUAGCUAUCAUUGAUCAUAUAACGUCGAUGCCGUGCGUUUUGAUGCCGGUGCGAGAGUUGGUUAAUGUCUGCAGAGAGGAAGGUGUGGAGGAGGUUUUUGUCGACGCGGCACAUGCCAUUGGGAGUGUUAAAGUUGAUGUUAAAGAGAUUGGUGCUGAUUACUAUGUGAGCAAUCUGCAUAAAUGGUUCUUUUGUCCGCCUUCUAUCGCAUUUUUCUACUGCAAGAAACGGAGUUCUGAGCUUGAUGUGCAUCACCCUGUGGUGUCUCAUGAGUUUGGGAAUGGUUUGGCUAUAGAGAGUGCUUGGAUUGGGACUAGGGAUUACAGCUCGCAGCUUGUGGUUCCGUCUGUGAUGGAGUUUGUGAAGAGGUUCGAGGGAGGGAUCGAUGGGAUAAUGGAGAGGAACCAUGAUGAAGCUGUGAGAAUGGGGUUGAUGCUGUGUAAUGCUUGGGGGACAAAUCUUGGGUCGCCUCCUGAAAUGUGUGUUGGGAUGGUUAUGAUCGGUUUGCCUUCAAAACUCUGUGUUGAAAGCGAUGAGGAUGCUGUUAAGCUGCGGUCGUAUCUGCGGGUGCAUCGUUUAGUGGAGGUUCCGGUUUAUUUUCUUGGGUUGAGGGAUGGCGAGGAAGGAGUGAGAGACAAAGACAGUGGGGUUAUCACUGCGUACGUUCGGAUAUCUCGUCAGGUUUAUAACGAAACAGAGGAUUACGAGAGACUGAGAGACGCAAUAACAGAGUUAGUCAAGGAUCAGAUGACUUGUCAAAACCUUCCUCCCGUGUAGUAAGCCAGAUAGUUUGGUAUAUUCCGGUGUAACAAUAAGGCUUUAGAGGAGGAGGAGCCACAGACACUAGCCAAGGUCCCGGAGGUAACUUUAUUGUUGAUGAGCUUGUGGUUGAGCGGCGUGCAAUGGAAGAAGAGGCUCUAACCUUGAGGAGGCUUUUUAAUGUGCUUUUAACGGUUAACACCUUUUGUAUAAUUAUUGUGCAAUAAAGUCAAUGUUCAUUAGAUAUUCUUCCUUCAAAAUAUGUAUUCCAUUCCGACAAUUUUUCGUUAUUUAAGACAUUUUAUCCAAUA